UACUGUACUGGUUGGUACAUGGUGAUGAUGAAGGAGCUAUUGCUACUAGCUGCUGUACUGUGUGUCUGCCUGCACACCACACGAGCUGGCCCAGCAUGCAACAACCCAGUGUACUGUUAUGGAGACCUUCUAGAUGCGGUUCAAAGGUCGAAUAUAUUCCCUGAUUCCAAGACGUUUGUUGAUCGUCCUCUCAAAGCCAGUCCGGAGGUCAUCCUUUCAUCUUUUACAGCCUCCCCGCCCACACAGCUGCAUCAGUUUGUGCUCAACUGGACACUCGAGAGCAACUCCGACUUGUUGCCAUGGGAACCAGACGACUGGACGGAGGGGCCAUCUUUUAUUGCUGACCUUGCGGAUCCUUUGGUACGAGAAUGGGCGAAUGGGCUGAAUAAGGAAUGGAGGUUGUUGGGUCGCCAGGUAUCACCCUCAGUGAGACAACAGCCAGAUCAGCACUCUCUCCUACCAUUGCCACACCCCUUCAUAGUACCAGGGGGACGCUUUGGAGAGAUCUACUACUGGGACACCUACUGGAUAGUGAAGGGACUGCUACUGUGUGAGAUGCAACAGACAGCCCAGAACAUGGUGCUCAAUCUACUCUCUCUAGUGGACAAAUAUGGUAUGGUCCCUAAUGGUGGGCGUGUGUACUACACCCGUCGCAGUCAACCCCCACUCCUCACACAAAUGGUGGACCUAGUGUAUGGUGCCACAGAGAACGUGACGUUCCUGACAGAGGCCUUACCACGACUGAGUAAGGAAUGGGAGUUCUGGAUGAAUGAGAGGGUGGUCUCAGUACAGGGAUACAGCCUCAACAGAUAUGCUGUGGACAUUGACAGCCCCAGACCAGAGGCGUACACUGAGGACCUGGCCACUGCAAGCACACUGCCUCUAGUUGAUCGUCCCUUGCUGUACACCCAGCUGACCUCCGCCGCAGAGUCUGGGAUGGACUUCUCCUCACGCUGGCUACGAGAUGGUCAUACUCUCUCCACCAUACACACACAGAGCAUUGUACCAGUCGACCUCAACGCUAUAUUAUGCAGCAAUGAAGCAACUCUAGCUAGACUGUACACAAUCAUUGGGAACACUUCUGCUGCUGCCAUGUUUGAAGCAGCCAAGGCCUCACGUGAGCAAUACUUUGAUGCCUUGUUCUGGAAUGAGACUGAGGGGCUGUGGUUGGACUGGAACCGAGACACUGGCAAUCACUCCACUGGUUUCUACAGCUCAUCACUAGUACCACUGUUAUGGGGUUGUUCUGUCAACACAAGCCAGCACAGACGUGUGCUUACCUCUCUGAGGGAACGAGGACUACUCAACUAUCCCGGUGGACUACCAACCUCUCUGUAUGAGUCAGGACAGCAGUGGGACUACCCUAAUGUAUGGGCACCUCAUCAGUGGUUCCCUGUGGUAGCAUGGCAGCAAUCACAGGAUCAAGAGCUACAAGCUGCUGCUCAGCACAUGGCAGAGGCGUGGAUAGUGUCUACCUAUACUGGAUGGAAGCAAUACAACCGCACCAUGUUUGAGAAAUAUAACUGCACUGUGUCUGGAGUACCUGGAGGGGGGGGGGAGUAUGUCAUCCAAGCCGGGUUCGGUUGGACUAACGGAGUCACUCUACACUUCCUCUCGCUUUUUCCAGCCUCCACUGUGGACCACCCCCCCUCUCUUGGUUGGGUCGCUCCUGUGGUGGUGCUAUUGAUACUGCUAAUUGCAGGGACACUCCCCUGUGUGUUGUGGUUGCAAUGGAUCUAUAAGACAGGGGAGAGGAGAUACAGGAACAGAGUGCAACAAGGUCCCACCAUGGAUGAAGAAACUAAGAGCGAUGACACUCUAGACACUAACGAGCAUAGAGAACUGUUAUGAUCCAUUAAGUUAUUACGUG